AUAUAUUUUACGUGUGUGUAACAAUGCAAUGGGCGAGAAAUUCGUAUGGUGAAAGUUUCAUGGUAGCUUGUUGAAUCGAAUCGAAAAAUUGAGUCUCUCGCUUUUCCUGCACCCUAUCGACACAUUUGCGAACCUGUCAUGUGAGAGUUGACGCUUGAAGAAAUUUAUUCUAAGAAAAGUUUAUAUUAAGAUAGAAAGAGAGAGAGAGAGAGAGAGAGAGACUCCUGCGGUUACGUUCCUAUCACACAUAUAUGCAUUCGCUUUUACAUAGUUAUGUAUGUAUGAGUAUGUAACAGAAAAAAUCAAGGGGGAUGAUUUUCUACGUACGUUACCGAUAUCCGGGAGAAAAAUGACCAUAGAAACGAAUGCAUCUUCGUAGCCAUCAUCAUCACCAUCAUCAUUAUUAUCAUCGAUCAUCCUUUGAAAUGACAAAGAAAGAAAGAGACGGAAAUAGUGUGAUACGCGCGUGAAAGAAAGAUAAUGCACAACAAUCCUUAUUAUUCUUAUCCUUGAUAGUGUUUGAAGAAUAAUUAUAUUUUGGGUAUUGUGGUGGAGUAGUGAAAAUGGCAGACGACGAAGGAACUGAAUGGUUGCAAGAGCUUUUGCACGAUGUACAACUUACCCAGUUCUUUACAAGAAUUCGAGACGAUUUGCAAGUUACUAGAUUGCAUCAUUUUGAUUAUGUACAACCAGAAGAUUUAGAAAAGAUCGGUUUAGGAAAGCCAGGAAUUCGAAGACUUUUGGAUGCUGUUAAAAAGAGACGUAAUACUCAAUGGAAAAAGAAUUUAAUUACUAAAAUAAGACCUGGCAGUAGUACAAAGAGCAAUAAACGAUCUUCGCAGCCUAUUGAAGAAUCUUCAGUGCUUACUUGUCUUAUUCAAGACAAAGAUGUUACUUUAUCGAUUAAAUUAGGUGACGGUAGUUUUGGUGUGGUUAGACGAGGAGAAUGGGUAUCUCCUUCUGGUCGAACAUUACCAGUUGCAGUGAAAGUUUUAAAAGCUGAUGCUUUAACACAACCACGCAUUAUAGAAGAUUUUGUAUCAGAAGUUCAAGCGAUGCAUACUUUGAAUCAUCACAAUCUUAUUAGGUUAUACGGAGUGGUAUUGUCGCAGCCUAUGAUGAUGGUAACGGAGCUUGCACCUUUAGGAGCUCUCUUGGAUUAUUUACGAAAGCAAUGUGGCCGUAUAUCAGUUUUAGCUUUAUGUAAUUAUGCUUUACAAGUAGCAACUGGUAUGGCAUAUUUGGAGGCCAAACGUUUUCUUCACAGGGAUCUAGCUUGUAGGAAUGUUCUUUUAAGUACAGUAGAUAAAGUGAAGAUAGGUGAUUUUGGUUUAAUGAAAGCUUUACCUCAACAAGAGGAUUGUUACGUUAUGACAGAACAUAAGAAAGUGCCGUUUCCGUGGUGUGCUCCAGAAUCUCUAAAAGCACGUUUAUUUACUCACGCUUCGGAUGUAUGGAUGUUCGGUGUUACAUUAUGGGAAAUGUUAACGUUCGGAGAAGAACCAUGGGUUGGAUUAAAUGGAUCAGAAAUUCUUCGAAAAAUAGAUAGAGAAGGUGAAAGAUUACAUGAACCAGAAGCUAUGCCACCUGUUAUGUAUGAUUUGAUGUUACGUUGUUGGGCUAGAGAACCUUCGGAAAGACCUAGCUUUGCUUCAUUGAAAGAAUCCUUAACUGGAAUGGUACCAUCGGUAAUGAAAGCAUUAAGUGAUUUUGACGAAGCUGACAAAAUGAAUAUCGAGCAAAGUGAUCAAAUCGUUAUUAUCGAUGGUAGACCAGAAAAUUAUUGGUGGAAAGGACAAAAUCAAAGAACUUAUCAAGUUGGCCUAUUUCCUCGUUGUUUGGUUGAUCCAAUGAGAAAAAAGCAAGCAGAAGAUAUAAGUAAACCUUUAGAAAAUUCUUUCAUACAUACAGGACAUGGUGCUCCUUUUGGAAAAAGUUGGGGUAGUCCUAUUUAUAUAGAUGAUGUUUAUCUUCGAAAUCCAAUGGAACCACCGGACAUUGUUGCUGUUGCUGGAGUUGCGGAUAAUCAAAAGAAAAAGUUUUCAUGUGGUACACCACGUUCGCGUAAACAAUUUAAUUAUACAAAAUUACAAAACGAUAUAAGGGCUAGUCCUGUUAAAUCAAGUGUUCCUGUACCUGGUACCAGUCAAGAAGGUAGUCUAAUAGAUUUAUCACCAGAGGAAAUAAGUAAUACAAAUUCACCUCAAUCUGAUACAACGUGUCGACGUGUCAUUAAUAUAUUAGAUGAACCUAUCGAAACGGUUGAAACAAUAACACAAGAGGAACCUAAUCAACAAGAGGAUCCUAGAACAUAUGCCAAUUUCCCGGGUAAUCUAGAUCCUAAUUAUUCUGAUCCAUUUGAUACUUCUUCAGUAUUUAUGAAACCACCCCAUUCUCGAUAUUAUAGUCAUGUACCAUCUGAUUUGACUAAUCACUAUAAUAAAACUCAAUCAUAUGGAAAUAUUCAUAGUGAAGAAGGUAGCAGUAGUAGUAGUAGUAGUCAGAAUAUUAAUGUUAAUCAAUACUCUUCGAAUUUGAGUAAGAAUAGUAUAAAUGAAAGUGUUAAUUUAAAUGUUAAUGUUAAUGUUAGUGCAGAAGCCAAUGCUUUCGCAGAAGACCAUUAUAGUGAAAUUGAUAAACUUCAAAAUCCGUCUGCAUCCAAUUGGACGAAUUGGCCAGAAGACUUGCAAAAUGAUCCACAAACUUAUGCCAAUGUUAUAAGUCAUAAUUUAGCUACAACUUCUAAUGGACAACCAUCACCACCACCGCCACCACCAUUGCCACCUCCCCCACCUCCUAUAGGUCCCAAUGAAAGUCCACCUAAACCUAAAUCUAAUCAUGAUCUUGCCCAAAAUUUAAGCGAAUUAAAUAUAACUUCGCACAAUGUUGCUUCGCCUAAAAAGUUGGAUCCUGCGUUUCUCGCUGAAUUAGAGAAACAUUUGGGAGAGAAAGAAGCUAGUAAAAAUACUAACGCUACUCAACAACAACAUUCUAAUAAUGAAUCACAUACGUAUACAUUGAUUAAUAAAUUACAAGAUAAUUCAACUAUACCAACACUACGACCACCACCGCAAUCGAUAAAACCAAAAUCUCCGCAAUUGGAUCAAAGAACAACGAGCACGCAUCUACCAAGUAAAGUGCAAAAUUCAAUGCAGUCGAAAAAUACGAAUGUUCAAAAGCCAAUGGUACAACAAGAGCAUCGUUUUGUGGAAAGUACUACCGAUGCCAUAGUAGGACAAAUGUGGCAACAAGCGCAUUCUCAGGUGCAUCUGCAAAGUAAUUAUUCCGUAUCAACAGAUCCAAAUGUUAAUCGCAUAUCACCGGUGGUAAAUAUGCCACAAAUAAAUGUUAAUUUACUUCAAGUAGCGCCUAGUAAUCUAAUUCAUGCUACUAGUAACUUGAAUAGCUCACAGUAUGUUUCAAAAAGUGCCACAGAAACAACUUCCAGUCAUGCACAAAAUUUUACAUCUACAAGUCAAAAUUACUUCCAGCAACAAAACAUGCCACUUUUAACUAUAAGUCGUAAUCAUGGAAUAACUCAAAUACAAAAUGAUUUACAACAAGCACAAUCUAGUGCUGCCAGCAAUACUAAUACCAUUUCAAAGCCUGCUAUGUUUACUACUGGUACAAUGUUUUCCGAACAAGUAUAUGUUGAAUUGAAACAGACAGUACCUAAUUUAGAACAAUUGUCCCAAAAUGAAUUUAAUACCCUUUAUAAUAAGACUGUUCAACAAAAUAUACUCAGAAAUUAUUAUGCUUCCGGUGCAACACCAACUAAUACUAUUGUGGAUCAAAAUCUAAGUCAUAGUCAUAUAAAUUAUCAAGAUACAGCUAGCUAUAAUGUUCAACAACAGCAACAACAACAACAGCAACAACAACAACAACAACAACAAAUUCAAGCUGCCCAAGGAUCUCGAAAUGCACUUCAAAGCCAUCCUUGUGAUUUUAGUCCACAUUUAAAGCAACCACCUGUAUAUAAUCCACCUCCUGCAUGGAGUCCACUUAAAUCGGUGCAAAAUGGUUUUAUAAGAAAUCAAAAUGCUGUCAUGAAAUCAAAUUUAACAGCUAAUCAGGCUGGAAAUCCAAAUGUAUUACAACCUGUACAUAUUAAGCCACAUCAAGUUAAUGCUGCUACGUCACAAUCAUUACCAAUUCGUAAUGUACAACAAUCUCACAUGAAUGAAACUGUUAUUAAUACUCAAUUAGCACCUUCCACAUCGGCAUAUCCAUCUGGUGUUAGUCCACCUUUGACAGGUGCUUCACAACAAUUAGUUAUGUCUCUCAAUGAUGAAUUUCGUGCAACUAAAGUAAUGAGAGUACAAAGAGAUAUUGAAAAUGCUUCACAACAAGAAAUUUUAGCUGCAUUACAAGCUACUGGAUGGGAUACUGCACAAGCAGCUAAACAAAUUAUGAAAGACCGAUUAGUUAAAAUAGAAUCUCUUAAAAGGUUAGGUUUGGCAGAUAGACAACAAUGUGAAAAUGCUCUUAAGCAGACUGAUUAUGAUGUAGAAAGAGCGGCAUCUUUUUUAUUAGAUCAAGCUAAAUAAACAUUUCAAUUAAUUUGGUAAAUGCUAAAGAUAUUAAUACGAAGAAGUAUUUCAUCGAACGAAAAUACAGUAAUUUCAGUUAUGCGAAUGCUUAUAGAAAAAAAAAAAAAAAAACAUUAUUUAUAUAUUACAUAUGAAAAAUCACAAAUAAUUGUUUUACUAAAGAGUUCGUUGAUCUGACAUUUAGAAAACGUUGCAUUCCAAUAUACGACGAUAAUGAACAAAUUUGAAAUAUGCAGUUCUACUUAAUUGUACAGCAAAUGGC